AUGAUUAGACCUAUCCUUUUGAAGGGUCACGAGAGACCUCUAACUCAGGUCAAAUUUAACGUCGAAGGGGACAUAUUAUUUUCAGUCUCGAAGGAUCAAGAGGCUUCAGUUUGGUACUCAUCCAAUGGAGAGAGAAUUGGUACACUUAAUGGACACAAGGGUACAAUUUGGUCUAUUGAUGUUGAUCAAAACACAGAUUAUGUGAUAACGGCAUCGGCCGAUUUUACAGGUAAACUCUGGAAGGCACAAACAGGUGAAUGCAUUUAUACUUGGAAUUUUGAGGCACCAGCUAAAAGAGUGGAAUUUAAUCCUGAAAGUAAGAAGGCUUUGUUUGUGACGGAUGAGGUUAUGGGCCAAAUUGGUACUAUUAAAAUCUUCCCUAUUGAUCACUUAAAGGAUGAGCAGGCUUCUACGGCGGAAUUAGAAAUUAGGAAUGAUAAAGGCGUUAGCGCAAGAUUUACGGUUGCUGCCUGGGGUUACGGUGGAACGACUAUUGUUGCAGGCCAUGCAAAUGGCGAAAUUACAAAAUGGGAUGUUAAAACUGGUGCUUGCCUAGGACGGGUGAAGGCCCACGAGAUGCAGGUUACUGACAUACAGAUGGCUCAGGACAAAACUUAUUUCAUUACAUCAUCGAAGGAUAAAUCAGCCAAACUGUUUGACGUUGAUAACCUUCGUUUACUCAAGACAUAUACUUCCGAUGCACCAUUAAAUACAGCAUGCAUUACUCCAGUGAAGGACUUUGUCAUAUUAGGUGGUGGUCAGGAUGCUAGGGAUGUCACAACUACUGCAGCUGCAGAGGGUAAAUUUGAGGCGAAGAUUCAUCACAAGAUUUUCCAAGAUGAAAUCGGCCGAGUUAAGGGUCAUUUUGGUCCCUUGAACUAUAUUGCCGUGCAUCCACAGGGUACGGCUUAUGCCUCAGGUGGUGAGGAUGGUUACAUUCGUCUUCAUCAUUUCCCUAAAUCGUAUUUUGACUUCCAGUAUGAUGUUGAAAAGACGGCAAAGGCUGCCAAGCAACAGGAACUCGAGAGACAGAAGCAGGAAGAAGAAGGUACUGAUGAGCAAGCGGCAGUUAGCGCUUCAGCCUAA